AUGGAUAAUAAGAAUAAUACAAAUGUGCCUGACUUCAUCCUUAUGGGAUUGACAGACUCUGAAGAGAUCCAGUGGGUCCUCUUUGUGUUCUUCCUCCUAAUAUACCUGCUUACUGUGCUGGGGAAUGCAGGGAUGAUACUGAUAAUUCACCAGGAUCUCCAGCUUCACACACCCAUGUACUUUUUCCUCAGUCAUUUGUCAUUCAUUGACCUCAGUUACUCAACGGUUAUCACACCUAACACCUUAGAGAACUUACUAACCUCCAACAAGUAUGUUUCAUUCAUGGGCUGCUUCACCCAGAUGUCUUUUUUUGCCUUAUUGGGUAUCACUGAAUUUUUCCUUCUGUCAUCAAUGGCCUCUGACCGCUAUGUAGCUAUCUGCAAUCCUCUGAACUAUCAGGUUAUUAUGUCCACAAGACUCUGCUACACCCUCAUCACUGGGUCCUACCUGACUGGUUUUUCUGAAUCAUUAGUUAUUGUUUUUUCCAUGAACAGCUUGCAUUUCUGCAAAUCCAAUGUAAUCUAUCACUUUUUCUGUGACAUAAUGCCAAUUUUAGCCCUGUCCUGCACUGACACUCAUGAGACUGAAAUCAUGAUAUUCAUUCUCAGUAUUUUCAAUGUAAUGUUGUCUUUUAUCACAAUCUCUGUGUCCUACGGGUCCAUUCUGUCUACAAUCCUGAAAAUUAGUUCCACUUCAGGAAAGUGCAAAGCAUUUUCUACUUGUGCUUCCCACCUCCUGGGAGUCACCAUCUUUUAUGUCACUACAAUUUUUACUUAUUUAAAACCAAAGCAGUCCUACUCCUUGGGAAGGGAUCAAGUGGCCUCUGUGUUUUAUAGUAUGGUGGUCCCCAUGCUGAAUCCACUCAUUUAUAGUCUUAGGAAUAAAGAAGUGAAACAUGCUCCCAUUAGAGUUAUGCAGAAGAGAGAGGGCUCCAGGCAAUUGCAAUAA